CUCAAAUUUCCUGCAAUAAAAAAUCAAAAUAAAUUUCCUUUUUCUUAAAUUCGUUUUCGCCUAAAAACCCUAAUUUCUUCUUUCUUCUCCGUUAAUUCUUGGCCUUAAACCCAUGCAGGUGAAUGCCCUAAUUGUAUUCGUCGAUUCCAUUUGAGACUUAGCCCUUCAGAUUGGCGAAUUUUGACUCUUCCAUUUCCUCCUCAACUCUAUCAAGAUACGUUCUCUUCCUUCUAUUUUUUUUUUUUCAUUUUUUUCUUAAUUCCAUUCUUUACGUCAGGGGCUGUGAUUUUCUUUCGUCUGUCUCAUCAAAUGUUCUAGUGGAUUACGAGCAGUAUUUUUGAGAAAUUCCAACGACGGAAGUGGAUUUUUCAUUUGUUUUUUAAAAUUUUAUUGGGGGGUUGCGUUGAAUUCUUAAAUACUCGAGCAGCGGCGGCAGUUUUAUUUUUGAAUUUCAGAGUCGGCAGAUUGGUUGAGAUUUACCCAAGUAUGUAAGGAGUAUUGAGCGAGAUGGAUUUUCUCCUUUUGCUGUGAUUUUGAAGGUUUGAUGUUUAGACGGAUUGAAUUUAUUUAGGAACGUGUUUGUAGAAUGAUGGAUAGAACCCCUGGUUUAGUUUUGAAGCGUUCCUUGCGAAAGAAAGCUACUUCGCGAAAUUAUGACGAGGAUUUAAUGGAUGAGUUUGUAGAGAAGCAUUUAGGGGGUGUUUCGAAGAAGAAGAAGAAGAAGAGCAAAACGGCAGAGGAUCUAGAGAAAGAGACUGAAAUUGAGGCUAUGAUAGCGUUAUCGGUUGGAUUCCCAAUUGAUGCCUUGCUUGAGGAGGAGAUUAAAGCAGGGGUGGUGAAGAAAUUGGGUGGGAAAGAGCAGAAUGAUUACAUUGUUGUUAGAAAUCAUAUCCUCGCGAGGUGGCGGGGCAAUGUACGAAUGUGGCUUUCAAAGGGGCAGAUUAAAGAAACUGUGAGCAAUGAGUAUGAACAUUUAAUUAGUGCAGCAUAUGAUUUCCUUCUGUACAAUGGCUAUAUAAACUUUGGUGUGUCACCAACCUUUACAUCUCAAGUGUCAGAGGAGGGAUCUGAAGGAACUGUGAUUGUUAUUGGUGCAGGCCUUGCCGGAUUAGCUGCAGCACGGCAGCUAUUAUCAUUUGGUUUUAAGGUUAUUGUUUUAGAAGGUAGGAAUCGUCCUGGUGGAAGAGUUUAUACACAAAAGAUGGGGCAGGAGGGCAAAUUUGCUGCUGUAGAUCUUGGUGGCAGUGUCAUUACUGGUAUCCAUGCUAAUCCUCUUGGAGUUCUAGCUAGACAACUUUCCAUUCCGCUUCAUAAGGUUAGAGAUAAUUGUCCAUUGUAUAAACCUGAUGGGACACUGAUUGGAAAGGAUAUUGAUGCCAAGAUUGAGUUUAUUUUUAAUAAAUUGCUAGACAAAGUGACUGAACUGAGAAAGAUUAUGGGAGGAUUGGCAAAUAACAUAUCUCUUGGAACCGUUCUAGAAAAACUCAGGCAAUUGUAUGCUGUGGCUCGGAGUACGGAUGAAAGACAACUUCUCGAUUGGCAUAUAGCAAACUUGGAAUACGCAAAUGCAGGAUGUGUUUCAAAUUUGUCUGCUGUGCAUUGGGAUCAAGACGAUCCUUAUGAAAUGGGUGGCGACCAUUGCUUCCUAGCAGGAGGUAAUUGGAGAUUGAUAAAAGCAUUAUGUGAAGGAGUUCCAAUAUUUUAUGGGCAGGUUGUUGACACUAUUAAAUAUGGAAGUGAAGGAGUGGAAGUAAUAGCUGGAGAUCAAGUGUUUCAAGCGGAUAUGGUCCUGUGCACGGUCCCACUUGGGGUUCUGAAGCGAAAACGUAUCAGAUUUGAACCAGAGUUACCUAAAAGGAAGCUGGCAGCAAUUGAGCGACUGGGUUUUGGAUUAUUGAAUAAAGUCGCAAUGGCUUUUCCUCAUGUUUUCUGGGGGGAAGACAUAGAUACAUUUGGAUGUCUUAGAGAGCAUUGCCAUCAGCGAGGGGAGUUCUUUUUGUUUUAUGGUUAUCAUACUGUUUCUGGAGGUGCAGUUCUUAUAGCUCUAGUUGCUGGAGAAGCUGCUGAAGCGUUUGAAUCCACGGAUCCAACCGUGUUGCUCCACCGGGUUCUUGGAAUUCUCAGAGGCAUAUUCAGCACCAAGGGUAUUGACGUGCCAAAUCCAAUACAGACAAUAUGCACAAGAUGGGGGAGGGAUCCAUUUUCUUACGGCUCAUACUCUCAUGUUCGAGUGGGGUCCACUGGCAACGAUUACGACAUUCUUGCAGAAAGUGUGUGGAACAGAUUAUUCUUUGCCGGUGAGGCCACAACUAAGCAAUAUCCAGCCACCAUGCAUGGUGCCUUCUUGAGUGGCCUAAGAGAAGCUUCAUGUAUUUACCAAGCAACUCGGGGACGAUCAAACAAUACUAGGAAGUUCAUGUCGAAAAGUCUCAGACAUGAUAUUUUGGCAGAUCUUUUUAGGAAACCUGACAUUGAAGUUGGAAAUCUGUCCUUUAUUUUCAAUUCCUUGGUAGAUGAUGAAAAAUCUAUGGGGGUCAUGAAAAUCACAUUCAGAGGCAAGGGAGAAAGUUCUAAUGACGAAGAAUUGGCAGACGAUUGUGAAGACCCCUCACAACAACAGCUGCUGCUUUACACGAUUGUAUCCCGUGAACAGGCACGUGAGCUAAAACUUGCAACUGGAGAGAAUGAAGGUAGACUGCCACAUCUAGUGAAAAAUUUUGGCUUAAAGCUGAUGGGACCCAGUGCUUUGGCUAAUAUCGGUAACUCGUUGAUUUCUAGUAUUGCCAGUGCUCGAAGAGGCCGGGGGAGGAAUCGGUUGUCUGCUGGACAACCACAACUUCAACCCCAAUCACAACCACAAAUGCAAGCCCAGCCCCAGCCCCAACCACAACCCCAGCCCCAGCCACAAUCACGACUGCAAUCCCAGCUGCAAUAUCAACCUGAGCCCCAGCCGCAAUAUCAACCCGAGCCCGAGCCCCAACCCCAACUACAAAUACAACCCCAGCCCCAACUGCAACUGCUUCCUCAGCCACAGCUUCAACCCCAACUGCUACUCCAACCUCAAUCACAACUACAGCUACAACCACAACCACAAAUCUAAUAGAUAAUCUUCUGCUGCUGUGGACUUAAGAACCAACCCUCUUUUGGAAAUAGAAGAAGUACCUGGAAACAUGUGGGUGCAUUAUAUUGCUUGAAAAGGGCUGUCACAAAUAGGCAUGCCUGUCAAAUCCCAGAUGAAGAUUUGAAUUAUGUCCCAAGGGAUGAUGAAUUUGGUUAUUUCAUUGUUUCACAAUUCAGAAAAAGUGCGAUUUUUUUUCAGCCUCAGCAUGGAUAAUCGAAGUCUGAAGCAAACUGACUUGGUGUGGGUAAAAGUAAUAACAUCAUCAGCUGAUCAAUGUGAAAACCUUUUGAGUAGAUCAAAUGACUGUAAUUAAUCAAUUUGGUGUCUACUAGGGUAACAGGAGUUACAAUUCUUCCCCGUAUUUUUUUUUGUAGUUCAAUACAACUCUAUGUUAACUCAUUGACUCCAAAGAAAGCAGUUGUAUUCUUGGGCAUCCAUAGUUUUACAACACAUUUCGUAUCUGUAUUAUACACUCAAUUUUUUCCUGGAAAAUCCCAACCUAGAAAGCCUUUUCGCC